AUGUUCAUUGAUAUGUGCAGACAUGAAAUAACGGCGACAUCAAACAACAGUGUGCCCCCAAAUAUAUCAAUAGAUGCAGUAGGGAAAUUCACACUGCCAGUAGUCAACGGUUUUACAAUAGCGAUUUUAAAUUUCACCACCUUUGCCACUUCUGACAACAAUUUUGCUAUCGCAUUCUCCGCUCUCGCAUCGAGUACCACCGCCCCGGCUGCGUUCGUCGCGUUUCUCGUCGAUGUCAACAGAGAUUUCAACGACCCCUUUCCCAUAUACCAGCCUACUUUUCCACUGUCUCUUCUCGAGAUAAAUGAUUGUGGCGAAUCGACAUUUGAGGGGACAGGUUUUCGAUGUAUUAUUUCUGGGAGAACCCCUGGGAACUCAAGUAAAUUCCAAAUGUCGUCGACGUUUCUCAUAACGGGUUUCAUACUGAAUCUUGGCCAGUUGAAAACAGACACUCCGAGUGGGACUAAAGUGAUUGAUGCAAGAUUUGAUCCAUUAUAUUUUGGAGGAUUUUUGCAGAGGUUAUUUACAAAUGGUGGGAUAGAAGGACGAGUGUACGACUCACAAGGGAAUUUCAAAUCUUUAUGGGACAUACCAUUGAGCAUGACUGUUAAUUCCGUGGGAUUCGGAGUAUUUUAUAAUAAUACUGCCUUUUUUGCGUCAGGCGGUGUGCAAAAUGGGAGAUGGUCGAUUGUCAGUACUGAUUUACAAAAAGUUCACACAAAUGAUAGUGGAUUUGUCAACCCGAACAUCGCCGCCACCUCGUCACCUAACUUUUCGCAAAUUGCGCUGGAGACGACAUCCCUCACAAUCACAUUCGAGAACGCAGUAAGGCUCUCCAAUGGAAACAUUACGAUAUACCAACAGAACCCAGAUAAUGACCUACUGCGACAAACAUUCUCGGCUAAGUCUCACUUCGUUACAUUGGACCCUAAUGAAAUCGACAUGAAGGUGACGGUGCUGGAGAGCACGUUCAACCAGCCCUCGAGCAGUUAUUACGUGGUAAUUGAUGAUGAUUUCGUGAGGGCGAAGAAAACUAAUGAAGCUGUUGGUGGUGUACCUCCGAGAUUCUGGACUUUAAACACACGCACGACAACAGGUCUUAUUCGUCUUUCAAAAGAUGCCACUUCCUUCUUUAUUCAACUUCCCAAUUCGAAUCGAUCUUCAUUCGUCGAUCAACUUAUUUCACAAAUCUCGCUGGCACUUCCGAUAUCCUCUAGCCGUCUUUCAAGUUCACCCAGCUUCCAGUUUGAAACGAACGUCAAACCGGACCAACUGAUUCUACCCAUAACCGUAGAAGAGACACGAAAUACUUCGGAAAGGGGCGUAACAAAUAUACUAAAGUGUUUGGAUGUAUUGAUUAGGAACAAGUGGAUUACAGCUUUAGCAGUUUUGGACAAGUGGGAGGGAGUGGACGAAAGCUUUGGUGUUGAAUGGAUAGAAAAUGAAAAAAUCAAUUAUAAACUUGCGACUGUUGGAAUUGCCUUAUCAAUUUUAGCUGUUGUAGUGCUUUGGUACUUUUUAACUAGGAAACAAAAAGAGGGAAGAAAAUGGAUAGUGUUAAAGUUGUUACUAAUAUUAGUAGAUUUCGUGUUUGAUGUAUUGUUUGUUGUAUAUCAUGGAAUGGAUUUUCCAUGGCUGCACGGGCCGAGCGUUCUCUUCAUUGCACUCCCUAUAGCGUUAAAUGCUACAUUGGCUAUUCUCUUACCAAUGUAUGAAAUCAGUGAAAAACCUUUUUCCUAUAAUAAAUCUCAAAAGUAUACUUUGACCUAUAUCGUAGCGUUUUUCGCUGCAAUCGAUUUGGCAUUCUUUGAAUUAAUGGAUUCGAAGUUGGGCGGCUGGAAAAUAUUCAACCUAAAAUAUUCUCCAGUGGCCGAGAAAGUUAUCUUUUGGGGAGGCGUGAUACUAUUUUUCAUAGAAGAUAUGGGACAGUGGAUUAUACAGAUUUUGUACAAAAGAGACGCCUUAAAAUAUGAUAUCAUUCCAUACUUCACAUUGGUGACUUCAACAUUGAUUAUAGCUUCACAUUUGAUAGAGUGGAUCCACAUGGUAUUCUUUGAGAAGGUGGAUGAAAAAUUCGAAAUUACCGAGGAAGAUUUUAGCUAA